AUAUUUCUCACUCCACCCAAACAUUUUCAUUUUCUCUCUCUACACUCUCUUGUCCAUGACACUAAACCCUCCUUCUCAAAUGGACCAACCCAAACCCAACAACACCGACAAGAGGAAACGAGUUCGGGAUGACUCAGACUCGCUCCCCGUCCCCCCCAAACUCCCCCGAGUUGAUACCAGCUCCUCCGAGUCUCACCGAGUUGACUCCGCCGAGUUCGAGCUCGCCCGAGUCGACCCGGACCUCUUCAGCAUGCUGAACGAUGCGGAGAAUGUGACGGAGCGUGACCCCGCCGUCGAGGUUGAGCACCUCGACUCUUUCAUCAAGAGUUUCGAAGAGGAAAUACUCGCUCCGCCUUCCAACCCCAACGUACCACCUGAACCGGAGGUCUUUAAACCGAACCUAGGUUACUUACUGGAAGCAUCCGACGACGAGCUAGGGUUGCCGCCCACGGUUGCGCCUUUCGAGGACGAGUCAAAACACGAACUCCUUGAUUCGGGUCGGGUUGGACCCGAGGGAGUCGAUCUGACGGGAUUUUUAGGGUUUGAGGAUGAUAUUGGGAGCUACGAAGGUUUUGGUUUCCUUGGGUACGAUGCCGUGGAUGAUAACGGUGGCGGUUACGUGACUAUAGAUGGGUUGUUUGAUCAUGCGGAACCUGGCGCCGAUAUUUUGUGGCGGUCGGAGUCGCUGCAGGCGAUGUAGGGGAUGGUUUUUGGAGAUUAAUUAAUUAAUUAAUUAAUUAGUUAGUUAAUUAAGCUAAUGGAAAAUUUGGAAGGUGUAAAGAGAUGUUAGGCGCCAAAAGUAACAACGUAGGUGGUUAGUUAGAUGUGAAAUUAUUGUGUUAGGAUUGUGAAAAUUUGUUGUUUUGGUUUGUUCUAUUGGACUGAAACAAACAAAUAGGCCUUGACCCCAGACAUGUUUUUUAAUAUCUUUUGUAAAAUGUUCUUUAAAAUGUGAAAUUAUGUAGUUAGACACGGUUAAGGUUAUAAUCGAUGUUGUUAUUGGCGAAAAA